AUGGGGGGGGUGGGUCUUGACCCCCUUAUCGUGACACCAAGGACACCUUCACCAGCACGUCCCGGUGCUGCGGGUGUCCCGGGAAUUCGGAUCCUGCUCCUGGAUCCUGCUCCUGGAUCCUGGAUCCUGCUCCUGGAUCCUGCUCCUGGAUCCUGGAUCAUCCCCCCCCCCCCGGGUACCAGCCCUGGCCGCUGCUGCCCCCCCGCGGCCACCGCCCGCACUGCAGCCCCCAGCCCCAGCCUGCCCAGAGCAGCUUCUGCCAGAAGACCCCCCAGAAAAAGAACCCCCCAGAAGAAGACCUCCAGGAGAACCCCAGAAAAAGACCCCCCAGAAGAACAAUCCCCAGAAGAACUCCAGAAAAAGACCCCCCAGAAAAAGACCCCUCAGAAAAAGAACCCCCAGAAAAAGAACCCCCAGAAAAAGAACCCCCAGAAAAAGACCCCCCAGAAAAAGACCCCCCAGAAAAAGAACCUCCAGAAAAAGAUCUCCAGAAAAAGACCUUCAGAAAAAGACCUCCAGAAAAAGACCCCCCAGAAGAACCCCAGAAAAAGACCCCCCCGAAAAAGACCCCCCAGAAGAACCCCAGAAAAAGACCUCCCAGAAGAACCCCCAGAAAAAGACCCCCAGAAAAAGACCCCCCAGAAAAACCCCAUAAAAAGACCCCCCAAAAGAAUUCCCAGAAAAAGACCCCCCAAAAGAAGAACCCCCAGAAGAACCCCAGAAAAAGACCCCCCAGAAAAAGACCCCCCAGAAAAAGAACCCCCAGAAAAAGACCUCCAGAAGAACCCCAGAAAAAGACCCCCCAGAAGAACCCCAGAAAAAGACCCCCCAGAAGAACCCCCAGAAGAACCCCAGAAAAAGAACCCCCAGGAAAAGAACCCCCAGGAAAAGACCCCCAGAAAAAGACCCCCCAGAAAAACCCCAUAA